AUGUCUUCGCCUGCUGCUGGAGCAGCACUCGCGAGUACAGUGACCUCGGCUGCUGCCCUCGGUUUCGUCCCUGUUGCGGUUUACUUUAAGCUCUUCGAUAUCUUGGCGGAUCUCGACAAACCUGUGAGCGGCCAAGAUGUCUUGACGGCCCUCCAAAAUUCGUCCGAUGAUAAAACUAGAAAGGAUGUACCAUGUUUACGUUUGAUUCAGGACACGCUGUAUGCCAUGUCCGGUCUAGGCUUUGUCGAGUUUGCCGGGGAGAAUCUGUACCGUGCCAAUGCCAUCACGAAGCAUCUGGCUGCCACGCCUUCUGCUCAACAUGGAGCAGUGCACUUUACAACGGAAGCCCUUCUUGCCGGUGCCUUUCUGAUGCGAAAGCUCGAGUCAGAAAACUUUCAGUAUCCUUUCAAAGAGCGGGAGACUCCGUUUCAGUUUGCCUACAAAUCAAUGGGCCACGAAGAGCUCGCCAAGGAACAUGCUUAUUCUAUUAUGGCUGCAGAGAGCCGCAUGGACAGUUUCAAUCAUUUCAUGGUGGGCAAGUUUAUGAAAACAAGUACCGCUCCUGACCGUGUCCGAGCCUUAGGGUACGACCUGGAAUCGGUCCUUAACGAUGCACAAGGUUCCACUCCGCUGACUAUGGUGGACAUCGGCGGAGGCCGCGGGGAGAUGCUGCUCGAUUUCAAGGCAGCAUUUUCUCAGCUUCAGGCUUCUGACCUGAUCGUCCAAGAGUUCAAUCAUGAUAUUACCGAUAUCCCUGGGGUCACCCUGGCUACCUGGAACUACAAGGACGAAAGUCCGCAACCGAUCAAGGGGGCGCUGAUUUACCAUUUGGCUCAUAUUCUUCACAACCUUCCGGACCUAGAAGCCUUGCGCCUGUUAAAGAAGAUAUCGGAGGCCAUGGCUCCUCACUCGCGAUUGCUGAUCCACGAGUAUGCGAAGAAUGCCAAUUACGCGAAGAUGCACGCCGCUAUGGUUGCCUUGUAUGGAGGCCGAGAGAGAAGCUCGGCCGAAUGGCAUCAAAUGGCCGACUUGGCUGGGCUUCGGGUGGCAUUCGAGGCUUAUCCGCCAUUUGGAGAGGGCUUGAUUGAAAUGAGGAAGCUGGAAAGUUCUGUUUAG